GAAAGCGUUUCGCUGAAUGUAAAUAUGUCACGCGUGUCGUUUGAAGAAUUUAAAGCGCAGCGCGCUGAGUUCAUUGCCCAGGAAGAGGGCAGAGCCUUAGGAGCAGACGUUGUGCUGACCGAAGAUGAACAAAAAGUGAAUCAGUAUUUGAUGAAGCUGAAGAAAGCUGAAUUGGAUGCCGGCUUUAAAACACCUAGUCAGUUCUUUCCCUCGAGACAUUUCUUUACUGUUUUAGAUGAAAUCAAAGCCUCACCGUUGUUCAAAUUGAUCCAAAAAUUACCUAAAGGAGGCAUUCUGCACGCACACGAUACCGCGAUCGGUAGUAUGGAAACGGUUGUGAAAGCAACUCAUAAGGAUCACCUAUGGCAGAAGGGAGAGUUCGGUCGUGACGAUCCGCCAAGGUUUAAAUUUUCCAAAACUAAGCCCGAUGAGUUGGAUGGCAACGUAUGGCGAUUGGUGGCUGAUAUUCGCAAGGAAAUUGGCAGCGAAGGAUACGAUCAAAAUAUUCGCAACUUGUUCAGUCUAUACAACAAAGAUCCACUAAACGCUUAUCACUGUAUUAAUCACGUUUGGAGUGUAUUUGCCAAAAUAUUCAUCUCCCUUGAACCGCUAGUUACUUACAAACCGGUGUGGGAAGAAUAUUAUUACCAAUCAUUGAAAGAAUUGUAUGCGGACAACGUAAGUUACUUAGAGUUUCGCGGGAUUCUACCUCAACUUUACGAUCUCGACCAGCGUACCUUCGGUCCCGAGGAAGUAGUUCAGAUUUAUUAUGAUUUAACGGAAAAAUUCAAAAGUGAACACGCAGAUUUCAUUGGUGUUAAGUUUAUUUACGCACCGCAUCGCCUGGGGGACGAUGCCGCAUUCGAACAGUAUAUGAAUGUAGCGGAGAGGCUGCAUAAAAAAUUUCCCACGUUCGUAGCCGGGUUCGACCUGGUGGGGCAAGAAGAUUUGGGUAGACCGCAUAGCGAUUUCACCGAGCGGUUGCUGAAAAUGAGCCCAUCGAUACAGUUCUUCUUCCACGCUGGUGAAACCAACUGGAAUGGCUAUACCGAUGAAAAUUUGAUAGACACCAUUCUGCUGGGAACCAAACGUAUCGGUCAUGGAUUUGCCGCCAUCAAGCAUCCCCGUGUGUUGGAGGAAAUUAAGAAAGGCAACAUAUGCAUCGAACUAAAUCCGAUAUCGAACCAGGUACUGAAGCUGGUCGACGACCUACGCAACCAUCCGGGUUCGUUCUAUUUUUCCGACAACUAUCCGGUGGUGGUGUCAUCGGAUGAUCCUGCCUUUUGGUGCGCUUCUCCGCUGUCGCACGAUUUCUACGUGGCAUUUCUGGCACUAGCCUCAGCUCGGCAGGAUCUUCGCUUGCUAAAAAAGCUGGCACUGAAUUCCAUCGAAUACAGUGCAAUGUCGAAAGCAGAAAAGUUGGAAGCCAAACACAAGUGGAACAUCUCCUGGAAUAACUUUAUCGAUCAGACCGUCAAGUUGAUUGCGCAAUAGCUGCUAGAUGGCAACAAUAGGUUGUUUA